AUGACGGCCGUCAAUAGCAACAUGUUCGACGCCAGCGUGCGAACAGACCAGCGCGCCGGCGCCACCAUGAUACUGGCUUUGCCCUUGAACCUGAUUGCUCACAUCGUCUCCUACAUCGAGGAACCGGGCGAUCUUGCCCGCAUCUGCCGUACAUGCCGCUUGUUCAAUUACAUGGCGCUCCCACAUCUCUAUCGCAACAUCUCUCUUACCUCGUACGAACGGAUUCGCUAUCGAAACGAACAGCCAGAAGGAUGGGGCAGUGCAAGUCCAUUUCUCAUGGGCCUCAACUGCAUAGUCACCAAACCUCAAGCGUCGUUCAUCUACUCGUUGACUCUACGCGGCGACUGGAAGGAGCCCGAGCUGGAAGAACACUCGAGGGUAGGCCGAGUGCCGGACUCAGCCAUGGUCCUCAACAUUGCCGUGCGAGCUGCCAUUGAUCGCGCUACUGAUAUGAAAGAAUUCAACUGGGAACUGAAUACCAAAUUGCUGGAGACAGCAUAUCUGGGCCUAUCUCAACUACCAAAGCUGACAUCACUAUCCAUUCGAUUCCCUACAAGUCGACACCCGCGCCCCAUCUACGUGAUCCCGGCUAUGCCAUAUUUGCGUACUUUUAAGGUGACCGACAUUGAUCCGCUGUGCUACCCAGACGACAUCUCGACCCUCUUGGCAAAGUCUCGUCGGUUGCGAAAUCUGACCAUGCAUUGGUCGCCGCGCAUGCGAGAGCUUCAGGAGCCAAGCGUGGUUGCUCACGAUUACUUCCGCGAGUCCAUCUCCUCCAAUUCGCCGAUGAAAUUAAAAAAGGUCGCGUUCUACAAUUUCUACGCCCGAAACACUUUCGAUAUGUCUCAAGCAUUUGAUGAAGGGUACCUGGAGGAGAUGACAACUCUCAAUAACUCGUACGCUGAAGAUUCAUAUUUGUCAUUCGUCGACCGGACCUGGUUGCUAGCUAAGCCGCCAUCGAAUUCAACCUGGAAGUCUGUCAGACAUGACAAUAUAACAAAGGAGUUUUGCGAAUUUUUAUCGACACUAACAAACUUGGAGAGGCUAUAUUUUGUCAACCCCUCGCGAGGUUUGGCUGAAACAAUACAAAGUCCUCGGCAGUCAAGUGCUGCAACACCAACGAUUCACAUGGCCAACGGCACCAAUCCAAACUCUGCCAUGGCUGCAUUAGCCCGGACAGGGUCUCCGUCUUCUUCCCCUCGGUCCCCUUCGACUAAUGCGAGCCCGCUUAUCCAACUACGUGACACUUACUUGCUACCCAUUCUCACAAAUACCGGUGCUACUUUGCGUCAUCUUCUUCUUCCAACUCGCUGGCCACUCUCAUCUACUCUUAUAGCUCGCAUAGUGCGUGACUGCCCUAAUUUAGAGCAGCUUGCGUUUGCCCCUGAAAUAUCCGCCCUGGAUGCCUUCCAGUUGCUCAGUCCAUUCCUACGGAAGCUAGUGGCGAUGCGGAUCCUAUUUUCACCCGCGGAAAAGUCUGCUAUAAUUCCAACACAGAAUGUUUCAAAUGACGACAACUCACCAGCCCUUAUCCUAACCCUAUCUGAGUUGGCUGCCCUCGAUGAGCGUCUGCAUCUAGAAAAGGUCAGUACCAUACUGGCCGAUAAGCAGAUACAUAGCAAAAUGCAGAUCGUUGGACUGGGAACAAAAGGCAUUUUACUAGAAGACUUCUAUCACAUCCCAGCAGAUGAGACUACUCCCGAUGCGCUUGGCGUGAAUCCAGAAGACUAUCGACGAGAACCGAUGUCUGGUCCGAUGUCGGGUCCGAUGUUGUACCCUGUGGCCUCUAACGCAGGCGCUCCGACUAAUGGCCGCUCUUCUCGCAGCAUGCAGCCUCCUCGGUCUUCAAAUAAUCAUACUCCCAGCUCAUCGCUUGCUCCGCCGAGGUCUGCCUUGGGAAAACGACCUCGAGAGGAGGCCACACCUCCACGAUCAGCCGCUGAAUCUCCGCGCGAGUUCACCUUGGUUCUUGAAUCAGAUAAUGUAUACGAGACUCUUCCGUCUGGCGAGAGGAUUGCGUGGCGGCGACGCGUGCGGCUCGCUGACCCGGAAGUGCUCAAAAAAUGGGAAAUUUUUGCCCUUGACUCUCAGGAUUUCGAGCCAUCAUGA